UCCGUAGGAACCCCCGGAAAUGACCUUCGAGCUUCGCAUAUCCCUAGCUAUAGUACGAAAUCGUCCGCCACCUUUGUCCACAGGCCGGUUGACCAAAUUCCGGAACCCAUCGAGGUGCAUAGUGCACCUUCCACCUCUGGUACGAUCAAAUUCAUUCGCAGUCAGAAAAAGAAUGCCCAAUUGGUGUACAAGGGUUUCCUGUACAAUCGAAAGUUGACCCAGCAAAAUGGCAAUACCACGUGGCGGUGCAUCGAUGUUACGAAGUUACGCUGCAAGGCGAUUUGCGUUACCAAAUUCAACAAAUUGAUACGCGCCAAACGGCAGCAUGCUCAUGAAAACCAUGAGAGUAAGAUCAGGAAUCGACCGCUGUACGACUACCCGGAAGAUUUGGAAGAAUAUCUGGACAUCUACUCUAGGGAUCCCAUUUCAGCGUCGCAAAAGCUGGACGUCAUCGACGAUGGAACCGAUUAUAAGCUGGUCGUUCGGGAUACCAUCGAGGAAGUCGUGCAUGAAGCACCUGAGAGUCACAUAGGAGACAUGAUGGCGAGUGGGACGGAUACGUUCUAUGCGACUCCUCAGUAACACAUUCUAGUACUACAAUUGAAACUAAAUCGUAAUAAUAAAGCUUGUACAAAGUCUGCGUGUAGAUGAAAUUUUUCUGUAAAGUAGAGAAGAACAUAUAAUAAGAAAUUGACUAGAGCUUAACGAAUGUCCAUUUCAGAUGAGCUAUCAUCUUCGACGAAGAUGAUCUUCAAAGAUGACGAAUGCGUAGGUUCGUCGGAUCGAGUGUACACAUUCCUCACCAGUCGUAAGGGAGGCAUCCAUUUGGUUCACGACAGGUAUAUCUAUCGAUCGAACCUACGGCGAUGCGGCCGUAACAAAGACAUCAUCUACUGGGAAUGUGUGCACAACCGAGCGGAAAAAUGUCGCGGGCGACUGAAAAGCGUGGGCGAUCAACUGUACAUUUCAAACUGGAAUAUACAACACAAUCAUGAACCGGACACAAUAAAGAUAGCAACGGCCAUGGCUUCCGGGCACAUCUCUUACAGAACGUUAUCAUCACUCGGAACCGUAUAUUCCACAAUUACGAUAUGUGAUUCGGUUUAAAAAAAAAACAAUAAAAUAUGUUUUCUUUUAAAAUUGUUAUCACCUCAUUUUACGUAAUUUUAUUUCAACUAUUCAAACACAAAGUUACAAUCGAUGAAUGUAUUUUUUUCUUCUAGAUUUCAAAAUUGAGUGUACGGCGGUACAAUUCGUUCGAAGUAGGAAGGGCAAACCCCUAUUGUUGUACAAAGGCCAUCAGUACACGUUGAACCGUCGACGGAAACAGCUGGGCUACUGGGAGUGCGUUCACAGGCGUUCGAAGCUGAAAAGUUGUCCCUCUCGGAUAACGACGGACAACGUUCAGAUUAAGCGUGUCAAGGGCGAACACGACCACAUGCCUCCGGAGAUGAUAGAAUAUCUAUUGGAUGACUGCAAUGCAUUCCUGAAAGUAGCGCCACCAGAAUAAAAGUUGCAUUUUUGAAAUGUUCGUUUCUCUGUUUGAUUUAGUUAAAUUAAAUAAAUCUCAGUGUGUGCUACCAGA